AUGAAUAUUUCCAUAUCCGCAUUUUCUACUGGUAAGAGAAGAUUAAAAAAAGUUGAAGAAGAAGAAAAUGCAGCAACCUUACAAUUAGGUCCAGAAUUUCAAUUACAUCAAAUCAAUCAUCAAGGUGAAGAAGAAGAACUGAUUGCUUUGAAUUUAAGUGAAACAAGGUUAUUGAUUAAAGAAGCAUUAAUUGAACGUAAAAAGGCAUUUAAGAGAGCUCAAUUAGAACAAAAAAAUCUAAUAAAUAAAAGCAAUGGAACUAAUGAAGAAUUAUUAGAUGAUGAUGGAGAUGAUGAGUUAAUGCAUACAGAAACAAGAGAAAAGGAAUUGGAAUCCCUAGAUACUCUUUUAGAAAUUACCACAGGUGAUAAUAAUAAAGAUUUAAAAAAUACAAUGGAAUACUUGACUAAUUUCUCCAGAUUUAGAGACCAAGAAACUGUUGGUGCAGUUAUUCAAUUAUUAAAGAGUACAGAACUUCAUCCCUUUGAAAUUGCACAACUAGGAUCGUUGGCUUGUGAUUCAGCAGAUGAAGCAAAAACGCUGAUACCAAGUUUGAAUAAUAAAAUUUCAGACGAUGAAUUAGAAAGAAUAUUGAAAGAAUUAUCCAAUUUGGAAACUUUGUAUUAG